AGCCUUCUGCCUCUGGGCACUUCCGCCAGGCUUUUCCUCCCCUCCCGUUUUCCUCACUUCUCGCGUGGGAGGCGGUUCCCCGGCCGCCGAAUCUCUGCGCUUUUCUGGGGUCAGUGCCUCAUGACGAGGGAGCUAUAGGUUACUGACUUAUUCAGAAUCACAGUUUGUUAGUGGCGAAGACUGGAAGUUGUGUCUCCCGACUCCAGAGAGACUGCCUGCUUUUCCACACGAGGAAAGGGAAAUUACUUUUAAAAAGAUCCUUGUUUUUAAAAUUUUUAUUUUUGAGAGAGAGAGAAUGACUGUGAAUGGGGGAGGGGCAGAAAGAGAGGGAGACACAGAAUCUGAAGCAGGCUUCAUCCAGGUUCUGAGCGGUCAGCACAGAGCCCGAUGGGAGGCUUGAACUCACGAACUGUGAGAUCAUGACCUGAGCUAAGUCAGUCGCCUAACCUACUGAGCCACGCAGAUGCCCCUGUAAAAAGAUCCUUUUGAGAAACCCAACCAGGACAAAGAAAACAUAGACCUGUCCUUAAAGCACUGCUUUUUAUCAUUUUCUGUGGAAUCACUAACCAAAGGUUUAGUAACAGUAGGAAAAUUGAUAAACAGAGUAGUGAGGAGUAUUUUUUUGUAAGUUUAUUAUCAAGACAGAGAGAGAAAUAGAGCGAGUCAGGAAAGGGCAGAGAGGGAGAGAGAAUCCCAAGCAGGUUCCACACUGUCAGCACAGAGCCUGAUGCAGGCCUUGGUCCCACGAACCCUGAGAUCGUGACCUGAACCAAGAAUCGAGGCUGAACUGACUGAGCCACCCAGCUGCCCCAGUUUUAUAGGGCAGGAGCAUUCAGGAGCCACCAGGCAGGCCAGCUCUUUUAGGACCUCAUUCCUCCUGUAACUCAGCACAGCAACAGAGUUGUCUACACUUUUCCAAGACAGCAGAAAAUGAACAAAUCCCAGAUUGAACAGAAAUCCCAGGGAUCAGUAUCAUUUAAGGAUGUGACCGUGGGCUUCACCCAGGAGGAGUGGCAGUGCUUGGACUCAAGUCAGAGGUCCCUGUACAGGGACGUGAUGCUGGAGAACUACAGCCACCUUGUCUCAGUGGGGUCCUGUGCUACCAAACCAGAGGUGAUCUUCAGGCUGGAGCAAGGAGAGGAGCCAUGGAUAUCGGAGGAAGAAUUCCCAAGCCAGAGCCUCCCAGAAGUCUGGGAAACUGAUCACAAGAAAGGAAGGAGGCAAGAAAACCAGCGUAAACCUAUGUGGGAAGUUGCAUUCAUCAGUAAGAAAACACUGACCAAGGAACGAGGUAAUGUAAUAGGAAAACCAUUUAACCUGGACACAAAUUCGUUUCCUUCCAGAGAAAGCCUCUGUCAGUGUGACUCAUAUGGAGUGAGUUUCAGCUGUAUUUCUGAAUUGUGUAUCUAUAUGAAAAACUAUUUAGGAAAAAAGACUGAUGAAUUUAAUGACUGUGGAAAAUUACUACUCAGUAUUGAACACGAGAAAACUCCUAGUAGCGAGAAAAGUGAAUUUUUUAAACAUGGGGAAACUUUCAGUCAGGAUGAGGACCCUGUUGAUCAUGAGAAGAUUCAAAGUGUAGAUCAAACAUUUGAAUAUAACAUGUAUCAAGAAACCUUCCCCGAAAAGGCAAUAUUGAGUAUGUACAAGAGAGAGAUCACUGAAGAGAAUCACUCUGAAUGUAUUGAAUAUGGGAGCACCUUCUUUCCUAACUCCUCUUUCCUGUUACAUCACAUGAAUGCCUCCGAAGAGAAUCACUGUGGACUGCGUGGUUGUGGGAAAUCGUUAUGUGUGAAGUCCACCCUUUUGAAACCUUAUGGGGCACGUAUGAAACCCUCGGAGUGUAGUGAGAGUGGGGAUCAUUUCCAGGGGGAUUUAUGCCUUCCACAACUUCAAACAAAUCAUAAAGGAGAGAAACACUUUGAAUGCAAUGAAUGUGGGAAAGCCUUUUGGGAGAAGUCCCACCUCACUCGACAUCAGAGGGUACACACGGGAGAGAAACGCUUUCAGUGUAAUGAAUGUGGAAAAACUUUCUGGGAGAAGUCAAAUCUCACGAAACAUCAGAGAUCACACACAGGGGAGAAGCCCUAUGUGUGCAACGAGUGUGGUAAAGCCUUCAGCCACAAGUCAGCCCUCACGUUACACCAGAGAACACACACAGGGGAGAAACCCUAUCAAUGUAGUGCAUGUGGAAAAACUUUUUACCAGAAGUCAGACCUCACCAAACACCAGAGAACACACACAGGGUUGAAACCCUAUGAAUGCUAUGAAUGCGGGAAAUCUUUCUGUAUGAAUUCACACCUUACAGUGCAUCAGAGAACUCAUACAGGAGAGAAACCAUUUGAAUGUCCUGACUGUGGGAAAUCUUUCUGUCAGAAGUCACAUCUUACACAACAUCAGAGAACCCAUGUAGGGGAUAAGCCCUACAAAUGUAAUGCAUGCGGGAAAACUUUCUACCACAAGUCAGUUCUCACUAGGCAUCAGAUAAUUCAUACAGGGUUGAAACCUUAUGAAUGUUACGAAUGUGGAAAAACCUUCUGCUUGAAGUCUGACCUCACAGUGCAUCAGAGAACUCACACAGGGGAGAAACCCUUUGUGUGUCCUGAAUGUGGGAAAUUCUUCAGCCAUAAGUCUACCCUCUCUCAACAUUACAGGACACAUACAGGGGAGAAACCCUUCGAAUGUCACGAAUGUGGAAAAAUAUUCUAUAAUAAAUCGUACCUGACUAAACACAAUAGGACACACACAGGGGAGAAACCCUACGAAUGUAAUGUAUGUGGGAAAACUUUCUGCCAGAAGUCUCAGCUCACUCAGCACCAGAGAAUCCACAUAGGAGAGAAACCCUAUGAGUGUAAUGAAUGUGGAAAGGCUUUCUGUCACAAAUCAGCUCUCAUUGUGCACCAGAGAACUCAUAGAGAAGAAAAGCCCUAUAAAUGUAAUGAAUGUGGGAAGUCUUUCUGUGUGAAGUCAGGACUUACUUUACAUCAGAGAAAACACACAGGGGAAAAACCCUAUGAAUGUAACGAAUGUGGGAAAUCCUUCAGUCACAAAUCAUCCCUCACAGUGCAUUAUAGGGCUCACACAGGGGAGAAAUCUUGUCAGUGUAAUGAAUGUGGGAAAAUUUUUUACCGAAAAUCAGACCUUGCUAAGCAUCAGAGGUCACACACAGGUGAGAAGCCCUAUGAAUGUAACACAUGUGGAAAAACCUUCUCUCAGAAGUCAAACCUCAUUGUACAUCAGAGAACACAUACAGGAGAAAAACCUUAUGAUUGCAGUGGGUGUUAGGAAUGUUGAGCUGUGGUUCAGUAGCCGCUAUGCUUCAGAGAACGCACGCUGUAGAAGAAGUAAUGUCGAUGUUCUGAAUGUUGAGUAACCUUCAUCCACAAACUGGCCUUAUUUUACCCCGAAGCAGACUGUAAAACAUAUAGGACAGUCUUGUUAAGUAAUAUUCCGUUGAAUGUACCCUAGCAAAUGUGGGUAUAAAACCUUGCAGAAUUUUGCUUUUGUGAAUGUUUUUUUUUUUCUUUUUUUUUUUCGUGGCAAAAAUACAAACUAGGUUAUGUCAGAAUUUCUAUUAAGGAGAAAUCUUCAAUUUGAGACAUAUAGCUUGAAGAUUGUCUUUAGAAGUAAUAUAACAUUGGAACUUGUGGUUUGGUUUUGAUGCCAUAUUUGUCUUCAGGAAACAUGAGAAAUUGUAAUUUAUAGUUGAAUAUUGUGCAAUGUACAAACAAAAAGUAGUAAAAUGAAACAAUGAAUUUAAAAGAA